AAAAGGUAAAGGGGACAAGCAUAUGAUCCCUUCUUAGCGUCUAGGACUAAUUCUCUCCUAGACUCGUCACUAUAUAAAUCCAUCUAUGAAUUUGAUAUGCAUAGAAUUAGUUAAAAUUAGCAAACCAAAGGAUUGGUUGAAGGACUUCCAGAACUUUUUGUAAGGAGUCCAUGGAGAAUGCUGGAAAGGAAGCUAUUAGAAGUGAUGGAGUCAAGUACAGGGGAAUUAAAGCCAUGCCUUUUGUCAUAGGGAACGAGACGUUUGAGAAACUAGGAACCAUUGGAACUGGUUCAAACCUCUUGGUCUAUCUCACUGUCAUCUUCAACUUGAAGACCAUCACAGCAACUAACAUUGUCAACAUCUUCAAUGGCACUUGCAACUUUGGCACCUUAAUUGGAGCUUUCCUCUCUGAUACUUACUACGGUCGCUACAAAACCUUAGGAUUUGCCUCAAUAUCAUCCUUUUUGGUAUGUCUGUAAUCUCCAAUUCAACAUUUGUAUACUUGAUGAGCUAUCUAAAUCAAUAUAAGAUGCUGAAGCCUUUUAACUUGAUACCUCAGGGGAUGCUUCUGUUGUUCUUAACAGCAGCUGUUCCAGGAUUGCAUCCUCACCAAUGUGGAACAGGACGAUGUCUUGGGCCAACAGGUUGGCAGAUGGCAUUUCUAUUAACGGCUUUCGGAUUUUUAGUUGUUGGUUCUUCAGGCAUUAGGCCUUGCAAUUUGGCAUUUGGUGCAGACCAAUUUAAUCCUAAUACUGAAUCAGGGAGAAGAGGGAUCAACAGUUUUUUUAACUGGUACUAUUUCACUUAUGCGUUCGCGAUGAUGGUGUCGCUGACGGCCAUUGUUUAUGUGCAGUCCAAUGUGAGCUGGUCUUUAGGGUUAGCCAUUCCUGCGAUACUAAUGUUUUUCUCCUGCGCGCUUUUCUUCGCCGGUACAAAGUUGUAUGUCAAACAGAUACCAACAGGAAGCCCUUUAACUCAAAUCGCGCAAGUGAUUGUCGCUGCAUUUAGGAAAAAGCGAGUGCAGCUCCCGAAGCAACCAUGGCCCCUACUCUUCAAUCACGCACCUCCCAAUUCCAUCAACUGUCGGCUAUCACACACCGAGCAAUUAAGAUUCAUUAGCAAAGCGGCUGUUGUGAUGCCUGAAGAUAAGAUCAACUCUGAUGGAUCGUCGGCAAAUCCAUGGAGACUUAGCAGUGUCCAGCAGGUGGAAGAAGUAAAAUGCAUCCUUAGACUGAUUCCCAUAUGGGUGUCCGGGUCAAUUUACUAUGUAUCUGUAGUUCAGCAACAAAACUAUGCCGUCUUUCAAGCCCUUCAAGCUGACCGGCGCCUUGGCUACACCAGUUUCCACAUUCCAGCUGCUUCUUACAUCAUCUUCGCCAUGCUAAGCAUGACUAUUUGGCUCCCAUUUUACGACAGGAUUUUAGUGCCAUUGCUCAGAAAAGUGACAGGAAAAGAAGAUGGAUUGACCAUCCUCCAGAGAAUGGGAAUUGGUAUAUUCAUAUCAUCCCUAGCUUUGUUACUUUCAGGACUCGUUGAACAUAAAAGGAAGACAUUGGCACUCACAAAGCCAACAUUAGGAGUUGUUCCCGGAAAAGGUGCCAUUUCUUCACUGUCUGCAAUGUGGCUAAUCCCUCAGCUAGCUCUGUCAGGGCUUUCUGAAGCACUAGCACCAAUAGCAGAAAAUGAGUUGUUUUACAAACAAUUCCCCGAAAACAUGAGGAGCAUCGCUGCGGCAUUCUUCUUCAUGGGAUUAGCUGGAUCAAGCUAUUUAAGCAGCUUUAUCACAUCAGGGAUUCACAGGAUAACUGGAUGGCUACAGGAAGAUCUUAACCAUGGAAGGCUGGAUAACUUUUAUUAUUCCAUGGCCAUGUUAGAGUUUUUAAAUUUGGGUUGCUUUCUGGUUUGUGCAAAAUGGUACAAGUAUAAAAGAGCAUGUAAUGAUACCAACUUGGCUGUAGAAGUGAAUCAAAUCAAUUAAUCAUAGCAGCUGGCCUUCAGUAUUAAGAUUUUUAAUGCCGAUUAAGUUGGGAAAAUUCUAAUCGAGAACGUUGUAGGACAUGGUUUGAAAAGUUGCGAUUCGAUGCUUGCAUUUUCCUAUCCCCCAAACACAAAAUGGAUCAUGUAUUGCACAAAAUCAUUUUUUUUGUUGUGGACUUGUCUUCUAAUCUGUAGCCUUGGUGACAUCUUUAUCCCAA